AUGGCCACCAACGGACAGAAUGGCGCCGACGCCGCCACGACGCUGGGCCCCGAGUUCACAAAGGAGGUCAUCAACUCCAUGGGCCCCAACACGGACCCGCGGCUGCGCGAGAUCAUGACCUCGCUCAUUGGCCACUUGCACGACUUUGCGCGCGACGUGCGGCUGACGAGCGACGAGUGGCUGGCGGGCGUCAACAUGAUCAACUGGGCCGGGCAGAUGAGCAACGACAAGAGGAACGAGGGGCAGCUCAUCUGCGACAUUCUAGGGAUGGAGUCACUCGUCGACGACAUUACCUACACAGCCGCCACCAAGGCGUCCUCCAACCUCACAGCCUCAGCCAUCCUGGGCCCCUUUUACCGCGAGGACCACCCCGUCCUCAAGAACGGCUCCACCAUCUCCUCUGACACCCCCAAGGACGCGCAGAUGGCCUAUAUGCACGGCCGCGUCACGGACGCCGCCACGGGCAAGCCCCUCGCCAACGCAGAGAUUGACGUCUGGCAGGCCUCGACCAACGGCCUGUACGAGCAGCAGGACCCGGACCAGAAGGACCUGAACCUGCGCGGCAAGUUCAUCACGGACGAGGAGGGGCGAUACUCCCUGUACUGCCUCCGGCCGACCGCGUACCCGCUGCCCCCCGAUGGCCCGGCCGCGCAGAUGCUGCGCGCCAUGGACCGCCACUUUUACCGCCCCGCGCACAUCCACUUCCUCGUGCGCGUGCCCGGGUACAAGCAGCUGGUGACGCAGAUCUUUGACAGGGACUGCAAGUACCUCGAGAACGACACGGUGUUUGCCGUCAAGCCGGAGCUGGCGGUGGAGUUUAAGCCGCGCAAGGGCGACCCUAAGGCGGAGUGGGAUCUGGAGUAUGAUAUCAAGCUGGGGGCUAUGGAGGCGUAA